UUUGUGCGUCUAUUUAGCUCACCCAGUUCAGUUGAGGCAGAGCAUUGUCGCGGUUUGGUUACUUCGUCAAUAUUAUUUCAAGAAUUAAAAUGGUCGUGUUCAAUGCUCGCGGUCUUAUGCCGCCUGUUUUCACGCCCCUGAACGAUGACCUCACCAUCAACUACGCUGCGAUACCCCCCUAUGCGCAGUUCCUUCAGAAAGCCGGCAUCAAGUCGGUCUUAGUGGGUGGCACUACCGGUGAGCACCAGUCCUUAAGUGUGGCCGACAGGAAGAAGGUGAUAGAUUCAUGGGUUGCCGUCGCCAAAACUACUGGUCUACACAUCCAAGUGCAAGUCGGCGGUGCGCCUUUGGCUGAUGUUCAGGAGUUGGCCAGAUACUGCCAGUCAGUCGGCGCAGACUCCCUGCUGACCCUUCCGGAGUUGUACUUCAAACCAAAGAAUGUGGACGAGUUGGUCUCCUAUGUGGAACUGGUCGCUCAGGCGGCACCGAAACUGCCCGUGCUGUACUAUCACAUUCCCUUCAUGAGCAGAGUUGAAGUAAACAUGCCAGCGUUCGUAGCAAAAGCGACGGCUCGCAUCCCCAACUUCAAGGGCAUUAAGUUCACAUCGAACGAUUUGAGCGAGGGCGCGCAAGUUUUGAGGGCUCUGAAGGAUGGCCAAGAAAUUUUCUUGGGAGCGGAUACUCUACUGGCUCCAGCAGCAUUGCUCGGUAUUAAGUCCGGCAUUGGUACCACCUUCAACAUGUUCCCGAAACUGGCUCAAGAUAUCCUGGCUGCCGUAGAAGCCAACGAUAUUGCAAAAGCAAGAGCGCUGCAGGAAACCCUCAGUCUUGCUGUCGAGGCACAUACUGCAGAAGGUGACUGGGUGCCAAUAAUGAAAGCUGGCAUGGAAAUCGUAACUGGCAUCAAAGUUGGCCCGCCGUCGCUGCCGCAACGUCCCAUCUCUGCCGAGGCGAGAAAACGGAUCGAGGAUAAACUCAGGAACCUUAAACUAGUCAAGUAGAAUUAAGAAAUGGAAGAGAGAAGAACAGAAAUAAUCGAAUCAUGGAAACGCAAACAAUAAAUUAAUACAAAUUGGU